AUGGACCACAAGAACAUCGGCAUCAAGGUCAUGCCCAUCCCAUUAGAUCGUCUUCGAGCUGGCGUAGUCACUGAUGCUUCGUGGGGCAACUCCAAAGAAUUUGGCACCUUCUUGGAGCAAGAUUCUGAUGAUUGGUGGGAAGAGACCUCAACGACGUGGACACGUCACCACGUCAUGGAAAGACGAACGGCAUUUCAUCCUGCUGCUUGUCCAAAUGGUCCUGAUCUUCACGACGUACAGCCUAUGAGAAUCACAGAGAUGAACGUUAAUGACCGCACUUCGACCAUCCGAGAUGAGUGGACCACAAGUGAUAGCCUUCGCCCUCUAGCUUCUCAGUCUUGGACUGGCACCACAACGUUCUACAAGCAGGACAAGGGCCAGAUGCUCGACUCCAAGGACAUCCAUGCCGGGUACGAGCAGUUGAAUAAGCUCUACAGCCAGGGUGGCGAGAUUGUCAUCUUCUACGAUCAAGCAUUACCAGAAUCUCAGAGUCUGCAAAAUGUCUCAGUUGCGUCUUGGAAGAGCUAUCGGCUGAAGCGACAGACCGUCAAUACCUUGAGCUCCGAGACUCAAGCUCUGGUUCGAGGCCUUGGAUCUGUUCACUGGUACCGGAUCUUGAUUUUGGAAGCACGGGGAUUGCAACUAUCAGCCCGAGAAUGGCAUCGUGAAGUCUCCCGUCUUCCAUUCAUCUGUGUGACGGAUUCAAAAUCUCUUUAUGACGCUGUGAGCAAGUACACCAACCCAGCUUCUCAGUGUGGCGAUAAACGAACCUCCAUCGAUAUCUCUCUUAUCAAGCAGGAAGUGAACAACCUCAACGGCAACAUCCGUUGGGUGGAUGGCCGAACUAUGCUGGCAGACCCAUUGACCAAGGAAACCAGAUCCGAUUUAUUACGACAUGUCCUCAGAACUGGUCAGUGGGCAAUUCUUGAAGAAGGAUCAGCCCUCCAGCAUAAACUUUUGGAAAGAACAUCUCGACAUGAGGGGACCGAGCCAAUGAGCAAUGCGUCAGCGAUAGAAACAGGCGAGAUCAGCUUAGGGUUCUGGCUACCACUGCACUUGCAUGUAUAA